CAACAACCAAUCAGCGAGCGCGAAUCAGCGAGUCUGCGCUAAGAACGGUGCCAUCGACCAAUCGGCGCGCGCGAUUCUGCGGGCCGAGAGCAUCCGGCGCACGAAGAUACCGCCGACUGUCAGCCGAGCCGCCGCAGCCGUCAAAGUCGCAAACAAAAGUGCAAAGCAGAAAAAAUUCAACUCACGCCGCCAUUUUUCGGUUCACAUCGAACAAUAUUUUAGUAUUAGUGACUAUAAGUGCUAAAAGUUAAGUGGUGCAAUUGUAUUUACAACCAAAAAUGGAUUUAAAAAAGCUAAAAUCCGCAAGGGGCUUCGUAAAAGAUGGUUAUACGUCUCGGGCAUAUCAACUCGAGCGGGACCUGGACGCCGAACCCAGCCUGGAGGAUUUACUCUGCUAUCUGGACAAAAGGGCUCUGGCGCUGGAGGGCACCGACCAGGGUCUUCACCAACAACAACCCCAAGCAAGAUACGGGAAGGUAGCAGCACACGCAGCCGCAGCUGACAAGCCGCCAACCUGCUUAAAUUGUGCUACUGCCGGAGAAGAGCAGUGUGACUCCUGCCAACAACAGCGGGAAGCAGUCGCCAGCUCAGAAUGAUCUGCACAUCUUUAACACACACUUCGGCCACAUCAUCGGAGGGAGUCUGCCAACAGGUUCCAUUAAGGGUCAAAUAUUAUGUAAUAAGGUAGUGCUAAAAUGUGAAAUGGAUCUCAAUGAAACACUAGGCCAAUUUUGGACAAAUGAAAAAGUACCUGAAAUAUUUUCAGAGAAGUCUCCAGAACAUGAGCUCUGUGAGCAAAUAUUCCAAAAUUCAGUAGAACUCAAAGAUAAACAGUUUCAAGUUCCAUUGCCCUUGAAAUUACCUCUGUCUGAAGUAAAAGAGACACUAGGUGAUUCAUUUAAUUUGGCUCUGAAAAGAUUUCAUAACUUAGAAAAGAAAUUAAUGGCAAACCCAGAGCUAUUCAUGCAAUAUAAACAAUUCAUACAUGAAUUUUCAUCUCUUGGUCAUGGUCACUAUGUCGACAUUGAGAUGUAUGACAUCAAUAAACAGGCAGCUUACUACAUGCCUCACCAUGCAAUAAUUAAGCCAGAGAGUAAAACAACAAAAGUACGCUCGGUGUUUGAUGCGAGCAUGAAAACAAACAAAAAAGUAUCAUUGAAUGACUUACAGUUGAAUGGUCCUGUGGUUCAGAGAGAUCUAUUUGAUAUUAUGCUGUUGUUCAGAUUAGGUAGGUAUACCAUUACCUCAGACAUCAAGCGCAUGUUCAGGAACAUCCUGGUAGAUCCAGCGUUCACAUCGCU